AUGGUUUCUUUCAAGCAACUCGCUCUCCUCGCCCUAGCCACAGGCCUCGCAACCGUCGACGCCCAAAGCAGCACCGGAAAGACAACCAGGUACUGGGACUGCUGCAAAGGAUCAUGUGGAUGGUCAGGCAAAGCCUCGGUCAACCAACCGAUCCAGAGCUGCGACAAGCAAGACAACCCACUCGCGAACAUGGCUGCGAAGAAUGGUUGUGAGAACGGUGGCCAGGCAUACAUGUGCACCAACCAGAGCCCAUGGGCUGUUAAUGAUAAGCUUGCUUAUGGCUAUGCUGCUGUUAAGCUCGCUGGCGGGAACGAGGGAUCGUGGUGCUGUGCUUGCUAUGAAUUGGCAUUCACAUCCGGUCCCGUCAAUGGCAAGAAGAUGGUCGUCCAAGCAACCAACACCGGCGGCGACCUCGGACAGAACCACUUCGACCUCGCUAUGCCUGGCGGAGGCGUCGGCCUCUUCAAUGCCUGUACUAAUCAAUGGGGCGCGCCACCUCAGGGCUGGGGCCAGCAAUACGGUGGCAUAUCAUCGCGCGCUGAUUGCGAUAGCUUCCCCGAGAAGCUAAAGGCGGGCUGUCAUUGGAGGUUCGAUUGGUUUGCCAAUGCGGAUAAUCCUGACGUGUCGUUCAAAGAGGUUACGUGCCCCAAGGCGAUCACGGAUAAGAGUAAGUGUAUUAGGAAUGGGCAGACGCCGACUCAUUGAGUGUGUUAGGGC